AAAAAAUGCAAAAGCUUUAUCAAGUAUCUGUUGGAUCCUUAUUCCCAAAUGAUAGUUUCGAAAUUUUUACAGUUCAUUCAGAUUACCCAGUCAAAGAUGCUUUCGAAUUAAUGAUAAAAAAAAAAGUUUUAUCAUUACCAGUUUAUGAUGUUCAAUCUAGAAGAUUUGAUAAAUUUAUAGAUAUGGUAGAUAUUGUUACUUUUUGUGUUAACCAUUUAUCACAAAAAGAGUUAUCUGAAUUAGAUAUAAAUUUUGUUUUUGAAUCUAAAGAAAUUUUCCAAAAAUUUAAAAUUGGUGAUAUUUGUGAUUUAUCAGGUAGAAAUGCAUAUUGCCCAGUUGAAUCAAGUGCUCCAUUAAAGAUUGCAAUCGAUUUAAUGUCAAAAUGGAAUGUUCAUAGGGUUCCAAUUAUCGAUUCAGAUGGAGGUUUAAUUUCAAUUUUAACACAAUCAAGAAUUGUCGAAUAUUUGCAAAAUCAUAUUGACGGACUUGGUAAUAUUGAAAAAGCAAUUGGCACCCUCGAAGAUUUUGGAUCUAAAAGUGUUGUAACCAUCAGAAAUGAUAGAUUAGUCAUUGAUGCCUUCAAGUUAAUGCAUGAAAAUGGCGUUAGUGCUUUACCAGUCGUAAAUCAAAUUGGUAUUUUAGUUGGUAAUAUAAGUGUAUCAGAUAUGAAAUUAGUAGGUUAUGAUG